GAGGUAAUAAAAUAGUUAUAAAUAUUAAGAACUUUUAGGUCAACUUACCAUUUUGACACAAAUUAAGUACACAGGAAGUGUCAGGAAGAGCCUAAAAGGAMACUAGAAAAACAGCUGUGGGGAUUUUCACACUCUAGUGUAAGRAAGCUCCGCCCCUUUGACACACCUGUCCUUCCAGUUUAAAUAUACCUGAAACGCUCGCAGCUCACAUUCAGCUCAAACAAUGAAGAUCCGCGCAGAGACAACAGCUCGAGCAGAGAGUUCUCCUGCAGCGUUCCCCAACUCUGAAGGAAACACAGCUUCCAGGACGAUGGACGAGGAUCUGAUGUGCCCCAUCUGUCGUGACACCUUCCAGGAUCCGGUUCAGCUGUUCUGCAGCCACAACUACUGCAGGUCCUGCCUGAAGGACUGGUGGAACGGGAAAAGAUUACUGGACUGUCCGAUUUGUAGGAGCAUUUCACCCACGAGGGAUCCACCUGAAAACAAGGCUUUGGGAAAGCAGUGUGAGAUCCUGCAGGACGAGGACAGGAGAGCGUCUUCAUGGUGCCGUCUGCACCACGAGGAGUAUGAGCUCUUCUGUCUGGACCAUCAGGAGCCGGUGUGUCUCGUCUGCCAGCGUUCGGACGCACACGCCGGACACACGUUCAGACCCAUCGAGCAGGUGAYGGGGGAGAAGAGGAGGGAGGCCCUGAAGCUCCUGGGGUCCCUGCAGGACAAACUGAAGCUCUUCAGAGAAGCCAAGGAGGACUGCGAGGGCAYGGCCAAACACAUCCAGGUCCAGGCCCAGACCACCGAGGCCCGCAUCAGGAAGCAGUUCAACGAGCUUCACCAGUUCCUCCAGCAGGAAGAGGAGCUGAGGAUCAAAGCUGUGAGGGACGAGGAGGAGAAGAAGAGUCGGACGCUGCAGAAGAAGAUCAACGCUCUGAGUGUAGAGGUCGCAGCUCUUUCCGAAACUCUUCGAAAGAUGGAGGAGACGAUAAAAAGUGAAGACGCAGAGUUCGUGCAGAGCUUUGGUUCUGUUGAGAGACAGAUCCAAGGCCGGCCCCCGCCUGAGAACCCGCAGCCCCCCUCAGGAGCGCUGAUGGAUGUGGCCAAACACCUGGGCAACCUGAGCUUCAACAUCUGGACCAACAUGAAGCAGCUGGUCUCCUACAGUCCUGUGGUUCUGGACCCAAACACGGCCCACAACAAGCUGGUCCUGACCGAGGACCUGACCAGCGUGAGGUGUGGACCCAAGCAGAACGUCCCCGACAACCCGGAGAGGUUUGACUGUUUCCACAUCGUCCUGGGCUCGGAGGGCUUCCACUCGGACACCCACAGCUGGGACGUGGACGUGGGCGACAGCUCCGACUGGUUUGUGGGCGUGGCCUCCCAGAGCGUCAAGACGAAGGGCAAGCACCCGACGUCCCUGUGGAGGAUCGGACGCGUGAACGGGGAAUACGUGGCACGCUCCCUGUCGGAUCCGUCCACGCCUCUGGCUCCUUUGGGACAGCUCCGGAGGAUCAGGGUCUUCCUGGACUGCAGCAGAGGAAAGCUGCUGUUCUUUGACCUCGACACCAACACACACCUGCACACCUUCACRCACACCUUCACUGAGAAACUGUUCCCGUACUUCAACACCGUCAACGCCUCGCCAAUGAAGGUCCUACCGGCCAACUUAGUGUUGAGUCCUUCCCACAAAUAGACMUGAAGACAUUAUUUAUUUAUUUACAUGUAUAAGUCAUUGAAUGUUUCCUCUUGUAAAUGUUAUUUAUUCUAAAGUGUGAUGUAAUUGUGUAAAACUUCAUCAAAUAAAGCUUUACAAAACA